AUGGACUCGUCUGUGGUUGACGCAGGAAGAGCUGAGGAAGAGUGUGAGACAGCAGACAGGAAGAGGAACCUGCAGGACCUCCUCAGACAGGAAAUGGACAUGCAUCUUACUGGUAGGCAUGAGGAGACUCACAUCAGUCUUUCAGAUGAUGAUGGUGAUGAUGAUGAUGAUGAUGAUGUCAGAGGGCAGGGCCAGCAUCCAAAGGAAUCAGGAGAGAGUGAAUGGUAUCACACAGCUGAAAGAGGAGAUCAGGCGGAUCAUGAGAAACUCCUGGAGCGCAGAACAAGACUGAGAGAGACUCACGAGAGACUGAUCGAGAAUGAACUGAUGAAGAUGGAGAGAGAAUUACAGGAGGAGCAGAUGGCUGGUGUGGAGGGCGAGAUGUCAUACCUGCGCAGAGAGAGACACAUCCUGGUUCUUCAGAUGGAGGCGCUGCGCAGGGAGAACCAGCAGGUGUAUGCAGACCUGGAGAACCAGAAGCGACAACACCAGCAGCAGAUCAGUAACCUCAGAGAAGAGAGUCUGCAGGUGUUCAGAGUGUUUCGUGAGGUUCUGGAGGAACAGAGGUGCAAGUCUGAGAGAAGGUACAGGGAUCUGCUGUUAGACGCCAUUCAGGAUGCUGUUCAUCUGUCCUCACAAAACCUGCAGCUCCAGAAAGCUCUCAAUCCCACUCCAUGACACAUCUGAUCCAACGCUUAUUAAUUCAUCUGUGGGUCUUAAAAAGUCUUAAUUUGCCCUUCCAUAAAUGAAGAGCUAAAAACAUCUUAAAUCAAAGCAGAAACUCUAUAGAAAUUCGUAUGGUCAUGGCAUUAAAUGUUGCAUGCAGUGCAAAAAGAAUAUCUUCCACACUGUCUUUUUCCCCCAAUACAAAUAUCUAAACAUCUUUAAUCACAACACAUUUAC